UCCUUUUUUGAAACGGGACAGUUAAGCGUUUUGUUUGCUGAUCAAAUUCUUCUAAUGCUGAUGGCUGUUAACUCCUAACAAGAAUCUUUUGUUGACCUACCACGCUGCAAGGUGCAAACACCACACCCAAUGCUGCCAGACAGCUUUAACUGUUCCUCCCAUGAGUCCUCCUUGUCCCUCUGAAUGUUGAGCUGUGAUGGGUUAUUUCUGAGACACAGGCAGACAGACACACACAGACAGACGGACGUUGUAUAUCUCGGCAAGGAAAGGCAGAGGAGCUCAAAACAGGCAGAGGAGUCCAUACCGCAGCGAAUUCAAGACCCAUCCUGUGCAUCAGAGAGACCAGCCUUUGAUCUUCUGCCCUCCUCCGACCUUCCACCAUGGGCCAGAAGAUCAGCAACACCACUUCUAAAAGGACGCAGAACUCCAGUUUCCUCAGCUUUCUAAAACGCUUCUCACCUCAGAAAUCCUCCUUGGAUAAGAUCGUAUUGCCGAGGAAGGGCGUCCUCGCCAAGCUGAUCACACCACCUGCAAACAAGUCCAGCGAUUUCACACGUGUCAUUAGUGACUGCAUUUCUUUUGCAUCGACCAGAACCCAGGAGUAUCUUGUGUUCAAAGAUCCAGAGGGCAAGUUUCAGCCGAGUCCUCAGACACUGACUCAGGUAUUCCUGAUGACUUACAUGACUCAAAGCGUUAACCAAGACUUGACAGAGGCCUUCAACUGCACCGCCAUGACGCCCGAGCAGCGGAUCCUCCUGGGUGCUGACUGGGUUUGGGCCAUCCUGGAAAAACCAACCAAGAACCCUAAAAUACAGAUCGCAGUGCAGGUCCUCCACCUGCCGGACACGGAGGAAGCUGAAGAAAGAGCAGCCGCCAGGAAACCCGUCAGCGAGUCCAUCCAGAUGGCCCAGAUGGAGUCCAGGAACCAGAACGCGUACGAGCGGAUGGUGGACUUCUGCACCUCUAUUGGCAAGGACUGCUACGCCCUCUUUCUGUUCUUUGGAAAAAGGGACGACAUGGAAAAUAUCUAUGGUGUCCUGAGCAACAACUUUGAAGCAGCUGUUGGAAAAUAUGACAGAAUAGACAGAGCUCUGAUUGAAAACUUCCUGAAAGGUUUAAAGUACUUCCAUACACCGUUAGGCAUGAUGCAGGCCAUCUUCACAAAGAAAACAGAGGAGGCGCUCACACUAAUGAUUAAAUUUAGCUGAGAAUUGGAGGCAAGACUAACAUAUAUUCUCAGAACGUUGGAAGUUACCUCUCAGAUACAUUAUCCAAACAAUAAAUAUAUUUA